AUGUUCGUAAUACAUCAACUAGUCUUACUAAGUUCAUUAGUACUUAGCAUUUUAGCAAGUAACUUGGAGCACGACAGUUCAGUGACGAUUCGUUUGCAGCAUGCUUUGAAAUUCGAAAAGAACCCCACUUGGACAGAUAGAGGAAACAUCACGAUACACAGCUUGAGAACCGGACAGGUUGAAGUUGACCAAAACGAGUUGAAACCUGAUGAACAGAGACUACUUAGUGAUUUGUCUGCAAGGAAUAGCUAUUAUCAAGUCAAAUCGAUAGUAUUGUCGAAAGAUGGAACUGAACGAACGUUUAUUUCAACUGUAAAAGCUUGUAUGCUGGUCGAAUCGGAUUUAGACGAUCGAUUAUCAGUUUCGUUAGAUUACAUGGGAAGAGUUGUAGGAGUGUCUUUAGUGGUAGCUUCGAGUUCAGCUUGUGAAGGGGUAAUUGUCCCUCGGGAGACAUUGCAAUACUUCAAUACUGUCGUGUUCGUAAGGCAUUCAGAAGAUGGGCCAAACCCUGACGUUGCUUCGUUUAUUCAAAAAAUUGAGAAAGAAAAGGAAGCCAAAGAGAAAGGUGAAACCAAAGAUAAUAGAUCUUUCCUAGCGAAAUACUGGAUGUACAUUGUACCUUUAUUGAUAUUCAUGGCAAUUUCUUCGGCUGCCAAUCCUGAAGCUCAACAAGGCCAAUAA